GCUCAAUCCUCCCCCUCCCCCCCACCCCCACCCCCCCUCCAAAACCAAAUACAUAGAUAUAAUUCUGCUCACUUUUGCUGAAUUUAUUAGUUGUAUAUAUUGAUGUUUGCAGGAUCUCAAGUUUUUGUCCCUAAUUAGUUAGUAACAAGAAAUUCUCAAUUCCAGGCCUUUGCUUAACACUGCGGUUUAACUUCCAACUAGCUAGUUCAGCAACUUAGAAAAGUAACUUAUGGAACUAAUUACUUUGUGUUGGUGGAAGGAUAUUUACUCCGAGAAAAAACAUAACUAUCGUCUUUGGGGGUAAGGUGAUUUCUUCUCAUUUGUUCAAGCUUUGGUAGGACAAGUUAUCCAGUAUUUGUGUUGUUGGAAAUGAUCAAACUAGUCGAGAGUAGUUGGUAGUGAAAGUGUGUUUUGGAGAGGAGGGUGUUGCAGCCUUGCAGAUAUCAUGCAUCCCAGCACCUUUCUGGACAGAGAUGGUACCAUAUGUAUCCUUGAGACCAGGAAAGCUUCCAAGUACGUUAAAAAGUUUGCUUUACUACCUUUUGGAAUAUUUUGUACAACUGGUAUCUGCAGACAUAAGUACUACGACUUUGCACAUGAAUGUCUCAAAUGAUAUGUUGCCUUUUGGAAGUGUAUCAAACAUGUGAAAUUGCCCAGAAUUUCUACAGAUAAGGAUGAAUAUCUGUACCUUCUACCCUUUUGUACUAACGGUUUUUCCUCAGUGUGUGUGUUAAAGUUAGAGUAUAAACAUUCAGUAAACAGUUAGAAGUGUUUGAAGCACCAUUUCCUUAUAGUUCUCAUCUUAUAAAAAGCUUGUGGUUCAUCUCAAGGAAAAGCAGUCAAUGGCGUCUAAGGAGUUAUUGCUAAAUUUGCCACCCCCUCCCAAAGAAAUUCCCUUAGGUGUGGUUCCUAUGAAAGUUGAACCUGGAAAAGAUUGCGGACCAGUUAGCGAGAGAUUGAGGCCAAACUUUAAGCAGAUGAACAGACCUCGUCCAGGGGUCAGGGGAAAGAAGAUAGAUCUGCUAACAAACUAUUUUCGAGUAUGCUUUCAAGGUGGCGUAAGCGAAUUAUAUUCGUACAGCGUUAAUGUCCAAUAUGAAAAUGGGGACCCUGUCAGUGGAAGCAACUUAAUUAGAAAAGUGAUUCAUAAACUCUGGGAGAUAUACAGCUCCGAGUUAGGAGAGCAAGCAUUUGCUUCUGAUGGGCAACAGAUCUUAUUUACAACUAGUCCUCUACCGCAGAAGAAGCUAGAUUUCACAGUUGUGCUUGAUGCUGCAACAUCAAAAAGGAGCAGGACAGACGGCAACUUUAGUGGCGAUGGAGACUUAAGUGAGGGUGAUCAAAAGAGGCAGAAGAUCAUACCCCGAUUAAAAACUUUCAUAGUGCAGAUAACAUUUGUUUCCAUCAUCCCCUUUCGGACCAUUCUUGAUGGACAACAUGGAGUAAAAUCAGGAAAUAGUGAAGUUCUGAUAGCAUUAGACACCAUUUUGCAACACUGUAAUGCAAAAAGGAAUUGCAUUAUGCUUCGCCAAUCUUACUUUCCCAACGAGAUAAAGAACUUCAUGGACUUGACUGGUGGUAUACUUGGAUGCCGAGGUUAUCAUUCGAGUUUCCAAUCUGUUCAAGGUGGAUUAUUUUUGAACCUUGAUACAUCUACAACAACGGUUAUACAGCCAGGUCCACUAGUUAACUUCUUAAUGGCCAACCAAAAUGUGGAAACUCCCUUCAAAAUCGACUGGGCUAAGGCAAAGAUCUUGAAAAAUAUCAGAAUUAAGCUAUUACACUCCAAUAGAGAACACAAAAUCACUGGACUUAGCAACAGGACAUGUAAAGAGCAGAAGUUUCUUCUGCGACUGAAGGGUUCUGAUAAUCAAAGUGACAAUGUCCAGACCGUUGAGAUAACUGUUUAUGAAUAUUUUGUCAAGAAACGCGGAAUAGAACUCCGUUAUUCAUCGAACUUGCCAUGCAUCAAUGUAGGGAGCCACAGGGAACCCAAGUUCAUUCCUGUUGAGCUCUGUUCAUUGGUUCCCUUACAACGAUUCAAAAAGGAAUUAUACUUACACCAAAGAUCCAUAUUAGUGAGCAAGUCUAGCCAAAAGCCGAUAGAACUCAUGAAGGAUUUAAAUGAGGAACUUAAAAACAACAACUAUGACACUGACCCCAUGCUGCGCGCUUGUGGAAUCUCAAUUAGCAAAUCGUUUACUGAAUUAGAAGGAAGAAUUCUAUCUCCUCCACAGGUGAGAGUGGGAAACAAGGAAGAUCUCGCUCCAAGAUUUUCGCGCUGGAGCUUUAAUGGCAAGAAGUUUGUAGAGCCAAAAAGCAUUGAAUUUUGGGCUGUGGUGAACUUCUCCACUGGUUCUGACAUACGUGCAUUCUGCAUUGAAAUGGCAAAAUUGGGUGCAACAAAGGGAAUGAACAUUAAUCCACCAGCAUUUGUUUUCGAAGAGAAUGCUAAGCAUAAAAAGAAACCGGGUUCUGUUCGAGUGGACAAGAUGUUUGAACAAAUAAUUCCGAAAUUUCGGAAGGAUCCUCCUCGAUUCCUUCUUUGCUUUCUUCCUGCAAAGUUUUCUAAUUUAUAUGGUCCAUGGAAGAAAAAGUGCCUUAUGGACUUCGGAAUUUGUAACCAGUGCAUUGCAAAGAACAGAGUUGAUGAAACUUAUCUUGCUAAUGUUAUCUUAAAAAUUAAUGCAACACUUGGUGGUAGGAAUUUUAUGUUAUCAUCUGAAGUUUCACAGACUAUCCCCUUGGCUUCUAAAGUACCCACAAUGAUCUUAGCAAUGGGCGUUACACAUGCACCUUUUUCACGGUCAGAUUUACCCUCCGUUGCUGCAGUGGUCGGUUCUACACAGUGGCCAAUGAUUUCUUGCUAUAGAGCAUCAAUUUGUACCCAACCACCAAAGACCGAGAUGAUACAUUCACUCUUUAGACCAGUUUCAGAUAGCGAGGACACAGGCAUAAUCAGGGAGCUGCUGAUGGGUUUUCAUUCAAGCUCGGGAAUGAGGAGGCCCGAACAGAUUAUUAUAUUCAGACAAGGUUUAAGUGAAUCUCAAUUCAAGCAAAUUAUUAGCGAAAUGGAGGAAAUUAUCAAGGCCUGUAAGUUCCUUGACGACACUUGGUCUCCUAAGUUCACUCUAAUUGUUGCACAAAGAAGACACCACACAAAAAUGUUCCAAGCCAACUCCAGCGACAAUAUUCUUCCUGGCACGGUCGUCGAUACUAAAAUUUGUCAUCCGCUGUAUAAUAACAACUUCUACAUGUGUGCACAUGCGGCAAGAGUUGGAACUAGCAGGCCAAAUCACUACUUUGUUCUGUUGGAUGAGAUUGGCUGCUCGUCCGAUAAUGUACAGGAGCUAGUCCACUGUUUAUGCUACGUGUCUCAGAGAUGCACCAGUGCCAUACAUGAAGUUGCUCCAUUGCGUUAUGCUCGUUUAGCUUCAGCUCAGAUGUUAGAAAUUAUGAAGACCGAGGGGCCUCAACUGCCAAAGUUGCACAAAAAUGUGCGCGAUACAAUGUUCUUCUGCUGAGAUUCUGCACCAUCAUCCGCUCAAAACUGCAGUUACUUUGUGUUAAAAUGUAAUGCAACAAUUUGGCAAGUCUCAAAGACACUGAUUUACAUAGAACACUUUAUGAUUUGUGAACAAAUUAAACCACAGUAUGCUAAAUUAGUGUACAAGUAGAACCACUAUCUAUUUACUGCAAGUCUUCUUAGAAGAAAGACCUUAUGAGUUAUGUUGCUUGGACUCUUCAAAAGUGUCAACGGGUGCGUGUCACCAAAAGUGGUGUAAUUUUAGAGAAUCCGACAUGGAUGUGCCAUCAAAAGUGAAGAGUCCUUGCAACUUAGCUUAUGACUUCUAACUUUUCUUGUGUUUUCAAUGCGAAACAUAAUAUA